UGAUCAUUUGAUAUUUUUUUGUGUGGACAGUUGCUUGAGUGCUUACAAUUACCCAAAAAUGCUGAAGAUAUUGCUUGUAUUCGUUUUUUCUUUGAAAGUUACUUUAUCCAUCGUAAUUCCAGGAGAAAUAAAUGAUGUCUCCAUUGAAAACAGCGUCAAUAUUCAAAAUGACAAAGAGUCAUUUAUUUGGGCGGUGAAAAACGGCUACCUAGACAUCGUUCAAAUGUUGGUCGAUAAUGGUACUGACGUCAAAACUAUUCCAGAUAUAUUGAAUUUGGCUGCGGAGAAAAAAGGAAAUGUCGAAGUAGUAAAAUAUCUCAUCGAACAAGGAGCUCAAAUUAAUAAUAGAAACUAUUUUGGUAUGGUGCCGCUCCAUAUUGCAGCCGAGCGUGAUGAUGUGGACACUAUCAAAGUUCUUCUACGAAAUGGAGCUGAUAUUGACGCAAGAGAUCUUGGAAUGUCGAUUCCUUUACAUUCUGCUGUGUUUUUUGGACAAAAGAAUGCGGUUAAAAUCCUCCUGGAAAAUGGUGCCGAUGUGAAUGCUUUUGAAGAAGAUCAUCGAACUUGUCUUCAUGAAGCUGCAAUUCAAGGUUUUGUAGAAAUAGCCAAACUUCUUAUCGAACAUGAGGCCGAUUUGGAUGCAACCGAUAAAUUCAGACGUACUAGUCUUCACUAUGCUGCCAAGAGAGGAAAUAACGAAAUAGAUGACGAAGAAAAUUAUUUGCAAAUCGUUAAAUUAUUGAUUGAGAAUGGAGCUGAGCUUGAUUUACUAGACCGAGACGGUUCGACUCCGUUAAUACUCGCAGUUGCAAACGAUUCUGAAGAAAUUGCCGAAAUUCUCAUUCGAAGUGGAGCUAAAGUUAAUGCAAGAGGCAUUUACAAAAGGACGCCAUCAUGUUUACAUGAAGCUGUGCUAAAUUCGAAUGUCAAGUUGGUUCGGAUGUUAAUUGAAUACGGUGCUUACAUCAAUGUCAGAGAUAAGGAUGACGCUACGCCUCUUCACAUAUGCGCCGGUAACAAGGGUAACAUGGAAAUUGCAGAGUUGCUCGUGGAGAAUGAUGCCAAAAUAAACAGUAGACGACGCGACAGAUGGUCACCACUCCAUCUAGCAGCCUAUCAUGGUAAUUUAUUGUUAGUCAAAUAUUUAGUUGAAAACGGUGCAAAUAUAAAUGCGAGAACAAAAGACGAUGAAGAUGCAUGGAUGCUGGCCUAUGGAAAAGGUUACACAGAUAUCAGCAACUAUUUGAGAGAUGUAUAAAAAAGGAGAAACCGGAG